UUUUGAAAGACUUGUCAAUUCUCUUUCUUCGAAGUUACGCGUUAAAAAAAAAGAGAAUAACAUGUCUUGUAAAAUAAGAGUGAGAAAGCAAAAUGUAUUGACAGUGUUAAUGAAAAUUCAAGAAAUCUUUGUGAUAAAAAAUAACUAAGAUCAAACUUGGUUAGAUAGAAAGUGCCAUACCAAAUUUCAAAUGAGAUACCAGUAUAAAUACGACUAGAGAAAAUUUAAAUGCAUACUGAGAAAAAAAAUAAACACCCGACGACCUUAAAAGAAACUCAUUAAUUGUGUUUACACGAGUUUUUGUUUUUUAUUAUUGUGUAGAAAUUCUUUCCCUUAAGCAACAACAUCAGUAUUUCCAUUCAUACUGAUAUAUAAAGUGAGAAAUAUGGCACUGGUAAAUGAAUUAACAAUCUACGUACCCGUUCAUAAGUAUACAUGUAUAUCAAAAACCUGUACUAUCUAAAAGUGAAGGAGAUUUGUGCAAUAUGAGACUGCCUCUCACUCAUCAAGAGGCGGGAUGGGGUGCAGAUUUAGUAAAGAGAACUGGUGUUUCUCUCUGACUUGCUGCUUCUGUAUGAAAGACCGCCCUGCCUGCUACUGGAUCGGAGGCGUUGGCUUGGUAUGGGGAGGUUUUGCUACCAUAUUUGACUUCAUCUCGGGCAACCUCCCCCCUCUAUACUGCACGCGCUGCUUGGACUACAAUCUUAAUCAUUACCUAAGUAUGACCGGCGGGGGAAUCAACGCAGUCCAGUGGCUCGUCAGCUGUUUUCUCAUUCAUGGGGCAAGGAAGGAGAUCAGGUGGAUGGUGGGCGUGUGGCUUGCGUGGGCGGCCGUGAACAUCGGCAUGCAACUCCUGUGGUUCUGCAUCACCCUCCCCUACACCCCCUCCAUCAGGGGGUUCGCGUCCCUCUUCCAGCUGGUUUGGGGCAUCCACUACUUCAUUGUGGUUAAGACGCACUUCACCAGGAUGUCACUCACAUUCACGCCCCCGGAGGAAAAGCUGGACCCCGUCCCGCCCAACUCCCCCGCGAGGAAGCACCGUCGCCACAAGCGCAGGAUCGACCAGUCCUCCCAGCCGCCCAUCCGCACACUGCUGGGGGCGGCCAUCAAGCUGCAGGGAGAGGUCCUGAAGAGGCAGGAGGAGAGAGAGACUAUCGAGAUCCUGGCGGCAGGAGAGGAGGACGAGGAGUCGGAGGUCGAGGUGCUGGUGGUGAGGAGGACGUCGAGAGGAGGAGGAGGAGGAGAAGGAGGAACAGAAGAGGAGAGGGAGGCGUUCGUGCUUCAGCCAAUAGGCGCGAGGCGAGCGGACGAGGAAGGAGGGAAUGACGCAAGAAAAGAGGACGACGAAGGAAGGAAAGAGGGAAUAGCAAAAUCCACAAGAAACGGAAGUGGGAGAAGAAGAGGCGCAUCGACCAACGAAGAGGAAGCAUUCGAAACCGACGGAAUGCAAGAGAAAAGAAAGAAGACGAAGAAGGACAAAAAACGAAAAAGGCGUGAAAAGAAGAGAGAACAGGAGGUGGAUGGAACAAGGGAAGAAAGCAACGGUAAAGUGAAAGAGAGAAAGAAACAAGGAAGAAGAGGAAAAGAAGAGAAAAAUGCCGGGCGGUCAAGGGAACAAGACGAAAUCGAACACGAAGAUGGAGACACCGAAGAAGGAAGAAAGCAAAGAAAGAAGAAACAUAGGCAAAGAAAAGAAGAAUCCACGAAAAGGAAGAAAAGAAAAGAUGAAAACAAAAGAGACACAAGAGAUGAAAGCACCGGAUCAGAGAACCUGAGAUUUCCCCGCGCAGAACUGAAGCAGGGCCACGUGGCAGUCAACAUAGAGGACCCAAGUGACACUCCUUCAGGCAAGAGGGAGAGCGGGGGGGCGGCGCAUCGAGGGAAAGGAAGACUGAGGAUCAGGCUGGACAGCUUGGAGAGCGCGGCCGCGAGGAUCAGGCGGAACAGCGAGGGAGCCGUGGGCGUGAGAAACAGGCGGAGUAGCGAGGGGAACGCGGGCGUGAGGACGAGGCGGAGUAGCGAGGGGAGCAUGGGCGUGAGGACGAGGCGGAGUAGCGAGGGGAGCGUGGGCGUGAGGACGAGGCGGAGUAGCGAGGAGAGCGUGGGCGUGAGGUUCCGGCGCAACAGCGAGGACAGCGCGGGCGUCUGCCUGGAGCCCCGAGGUCCCCCUUCGCCUGUCUCGCCCAGCCACGCAGACGUCAUGGUGCACUGGAAGCUCGAAAUGCCGCAGGAGGAAGAUCCGAGAACGUCCUCGGGAGCGAGCCUGUCCUCCUCGCCGCCGCCGUUCCCUCCGCCCCAGCGACGUCCUGGAGAGGAUCCUGAGGCCACGGGGGCUCGUCGACGUCCGCCCUCGUCGCCCACGGACACGGGGGGAUUAGGUCCUGAGCUGAGGAACCCUGCGGACGGAGAGGGAAAGCGAGAGAAGUUCCGGAUAAUCGAAGUGAAGAGGAAGAGCCAGCCGGCCGCCGGAGAACCGAGACCCAGGACCUGCAGUCGUAGGACUUCAUACAAGCUCGCGGUCGGAUCGCCGGAUACCCAAGAGACGGAAAUCGUGUAACGUCACAGACUCUCCUAGGAUUUCGUUUUGUCUCUGCAUGAGACUAUGAACUGAAAUCGUCUGAAAUUCAGAGAAACAAGAUCGUAUCCAAUCUCCAAUUUCUCAAUAUAUGCAAUAUUGUCUACUGUAAUAAUUAUGGAAAUAACGUAACAAAUAAACAUAUCAACAAAUAUCUUUAAUGAACCGUAUAUUCAAUAUUGUACACACAGCAUGACGAUGACA